AACCGCUAAUAGACUCCAUAGGAAGAAGAAGCUGUGAGCUGAUAGUUUCACACCUGCCCAGUCCUUGGUUUGUCAGAUUCGGAAAAUGGCAACAGAAGCGAAACGAUCCAAGGUAGAUGACGACUUGGAGCUUAGUCCCCUGCAGAACUUUCUACAGUGGUGUCACCAAGUCGGCCUAAAGCUCAGCAAUAAGGUGUAUGUGAGCAAAGAGGGGACAGUAGCACAGUAUGGGAUGCUGGCUAAGGACAGCAUAGAGGAGGGGGAGGUUUUAUUCACCAUCCCCCGGUCAGCGCUUCUUCACCAGGGAACAACCAGGGUCUCUGCCUUGCUGGAGAAAGAGAAGUCCUCUCUGGAGAGCUCGUCCGGCUGGGUUCCUCUGCUGCUGGCUUUGCUGUAUGAGUACACAUCUUCACAGUCCCCCUGGAAACCUUACCUCUCUUUGUGCACUGACUUCAAGACACUGGACCUCCCCAUGUUCUGGUCUAAAGAGGAGAGAGACAGACUGUUGAGGGGAACAGGUAUCCCAGAGGCUGUGGACACAGACUUGGCUAACAUCCAGAGGGAAUACACAGACGUGGUCCUGCCCUUCAUCACCAGGCAUCCUGACCUCUGGAAUCCAGACACCCAUACCCUGGAUCUGUACACACAGAUGGUGGCCUUUGUCAUGGCCUACAGUUUUCAAGAACCGCAGGGAGAGGAGGAUGGUGAAGAGGGGGAGAAGCCCAUCAACCCACCCAUGAUGGUUCCCAUGGCCGACAUGCUUAACCACAUGUCCAAUCACAGCGCUAAUCUGGAGUUCACACCAGACAGUCUAAAGAUGGUUUGUGUGCGCCCCAUCCGUAAAGGGGAGGAGGUAUUUAACACCUAUGGGCAGAUGGCCAACUGGCAGCUGCUGCACAUGUAUGGCUUCACUGAGCCUUAUCCAAGCAACAGCAAUGACACUGCUGAUAUCCCGAUCACCAACCUGUACAAAGCUGCCACACAAGGUAUUCAAUCUGAUUUGGACCGGCAGCUGUUGGAGGAGCGGUGGGAGAUGCUGUGUCAGAUGACACAAGAGAAGGGGGCCUUUGUCUUUGAUAAACAGGGCUGCCUUACAGACACAGAGCUACACACUUACCUUAGGGUGUUGUGUAUGUCAAAGGAGGAGUUCUCAGAGUUCCGAGAAAAUGAAGGAUGGGAGGAAGAUGACGAGGAGAUUUCUUUGGCUUUUUCUAUGGAAGGUCUCCCUGGCCUAAAGGCUUCAUGGAAACAGCUGAUCCAUGAAGCAGCUUGCCAGACUAUGAGGUCCUACAGAGACGGGGAAGAAGGUGUUGACAGCGACCAGGUGCUGACAGCAGACAAGGUAGCACUUGCGGCACUGAGCAGCCGACAGCAAAAUGCGCUGCAUGUACGAUACGGACAGAAGAGCAUCCUGCACAGACUGAUGGAGCUCACCAGAUCAUCAUUUCAGCUGUGACUGGGACCACUUCUCAUUUCCUUUUCCUAAAUAAAGUCAAAUUUUUUCCUUAAAAGAAUCAUUUUGAACCAUCCCCAGUUUGCAUUCUGAUACAAGUUCAGAUAUUUUUCCUUUAUCUCAAGUUAAAGCAGAGAUGAUGGCAAAGGACAUGGUUUGCAACAGUCCGCCAACAGCCUUGCGCUACAGUGGAAAAGCCUUCCUCCGCAGAGUACAAAGUAAACCACUCACAUGUCAAAUGCAAGGGUGUCUAAUGACACUUGAGAUUUUGAGAUCACAUCACAGCAUCUGCCCUCAGACUGGGAUGUGACAGCAGAACUCAUAGCAUGUUUUAAACCCAUUGAAAGUUUGAGGUGAACCUGAUCUGUUCCAAGUUUGUCAAUGCCUCAGUUAAUCUAGCUUUUUACAAUGUAAUAAAUAAACAUAAUGCAGUAGAUUGCUGUACACCUCACAAAGUGUGCAUCUAAGGGACUAGAGAAUUGUGUAACUGUUCUAGUAGAACUUGAGGGUCUUGUGCUAAAAGUUCAGUGUAGAUGCUGGGUUUCACAUAGGUUUACAAGCUGACAUCCCAUCAUACGAGUGGCAACCUAUGCCCAUCAUGGCAGAACACGGCAGAACCAUUUCACUCUUAAAUAUUUCUAAUGUGAAACCCAGUUUUCAAACACCUGCUGCAUUAGCAUUCAUCUUCCUCCUGUCCUGAAAGAACACAGGAACUGCAGUUUGAAUGCUUUAUUUCCAUAUGUAUGCAUACUGCAGUUACGUAGCAAGAACUAAAGGCAAACUAGAAAGGACUACAAAAUACAACACAUGGACCAAUACAUUUACAAAACAUUCAAAAUGUUACAAAAUGGGCUGUAUUGGUCCUCCUAUUGUUCUUCAAUUAGGAUCUUUGUACAAAUUGUUAAGAUACGAUGUCAACAUCACUGCACAAUUUUACAAGUGCCAGGGAGAGACUUCCAGAGCCAGUUCCAAAUGGACAAAGCAUCAGCAAACUGCCUCCACCAACACACUGACACACUAGCAGUAGACCCCAAUCACAGUCAGGAGA